AUGGCGCUGACAACCUCUAUCCGAUUUGGUUCUCUCGUUCUUCCCCCGUCAACUCCCACUUCUAGUUCUCACUCUCACGCUCUUUCUUUCACUUCACCCUCUUCACGCUUCUCGUGGAAAUUGGGAGCAAGUAGAAAAGUUACUCAAAAAUCUGCUUUGAAGGUGAAGGCUGUUUACGCUAACGAGAACAGUUUUUCAAGUCAUGAAAUCUGGUCCAUCAGGGAAGAUUUGCAAGUUCCGUCUUCCCCUUAUAUCCCUGUUCACGCACAAGGACAGGGACCCCAGCCAAUGGUGCAAGAGCGUUUCCACAGUGUUAUUAGUCAACUUUUUCAAUAUAGAAUUAUUCGUUGUGGAGGGCCGGUUGAUGAUGACAUGGCCAACAUCAUAGUUUCUCAGCUUCUUUACCUUGAUGCUGUGGAUCCUAAGAAGGAUAUUGUAAUGUACAUAAAUUCUCCAGGAGGAUCAGUUACAGCGGGCAUGGCAAUAUUUGAUACUAUGAGACACAUUCGACCUGAUGUGUCCACUGUUUGUGUUGGAUUAGCAGCAAGUAUGGGUGCUUUUCUCCUAUGCUCAGGGACCAGAGGAAAGAGAUACAGUUUGCCAAAUUCAAGGAUAAUGAUUCACCAACCGAUUGGUGGAAUUCAAGGAACGCAUGCUGAGAUGGCUAUUCAGGUAAAUGAAAUGCUGCAUCAUAAGGCAAUCUUGAAUGGCUAUAUCUCCUACCAAACUGGCCAAAGUUAUGAGAAGAUCAACCAGGAUACUGACUGGGACUUUUUCAUGGGUGCAAAAGAAGCCAAAGAGUAUGGACUCAUAGAUGGUGUUAUCACGAAUCCUCUGAUAGCUCUCCAGCCAUUAGCGGCUGCAGCCGAGGUUAAUGACAGGGCUAUCGUCUGA